AUGGGGGCAGCGGCGGAGGUUGGGAGCUUCGCCAACGGAUUUCUGGACAGCUUUGGCCCCGCGGGUGCCGUUCCGGCUCCCGUUGGCUCUCAUUUCGUUCUCACCCCAGCCGGGGCGGUGGACUACAACUCGGUCACCGGACUGAUGAUGGGGGGACAGGGGCAGCAGCAGGAGCACCUGGUCUCCGCGGAGAGGCUGUCCCGGAGCCUGGCGGACCUCAGCCAUCUGAAGGGGAUUCUGAGGCGGCGGCAGCUCUACUGCAGGACCGGCUUCCACCUGGAGAUCCGUCCCGACGGAACCGUGCAGGGCACAAGGAAGGACCACAGCAGAUUCGGUAUUUUGGAGUUCAUCAGUCUGGCUGUGGGGCUGGUUAGCAUCAGAGGGGUGGACAGUGGCCUUUACCUUGCCAUGAACAACAAGGGAGAACUGUAUGGAUCGGAGAAGCUGUCUGCAGAAUCAGUUUUUAGGGAGCAGUUUGAAGAAAACUGGUACAACACUUACUCAUCCAACAUCUACCGGCAUGGAGAAAAAGGAGCAUUCUACUUCGUUGCUCUGAACAAAGAUGGGACAUCCAGGGAUGGAACGAGGUCGAGGCGACAUCAGAGGUUCACUCACUUCCUACCGAGGCCUGUAGACCCUGAUAGAGUACCAGAGCUGUACAGGGACAUACUGGGCCAGAGCUGAGACUGAAGGGGACAUUACCAUAACCCUGUCAGAGCCAGUCUGAGCUGAAAAGCAACCCAAGUGCACCAAAUCCUCACCCCUUCUUGAAGGAGAUGGAAGAUCGUGUUGCCCCGCUGGCAUGAAUGAAGGAAAGAGACCCUUUCUGAAACAGACUAGCCGGGGAGUUUGACUGAACAGCACCAGGGAUCUUCUGUGGAAGAUGUGAAGGCCCCAUGACAGACAGAGGCUACCUGGGCCCCCGAAUAUUGCCCCUUUAUUGGCCUACGCAGAGGCCCAGG